AUGUCUACUUUGUUAGCAAGAACAGGAAGACACAGACAACGUUACAUGGAUCAAUUUAGGCUUGUAGCCGGGUGCAUUCCUUACAAACUUGACGAGAAUGUUGAGGAUCAAGGCUGCAAUAUGGAGGACAGGGUUCUUGUUCUCAUGAUUUCCACGCCAAAGCGUGAUGAUCUUGUGUUCCCCAAAGGUGGAUGGGAGGAUGAUGAGACCCUUGAAGAAGCUGCAUGUCGUGAGGCCAUCGAGGAAGCUGGAGUGAAAGGAAUACUUGGUGAAAAUCCGUUGGGAGUUUGGGAGUUCCGAAGCAAGAGCAGCCAGAACAGCUGCAGCUUGGCAGGGGGUUGUCGAGGCUAUAUGUUUGCGCUGCAGGUGACUGAAGAGCUUGACCACUGGCCAGGAAAGGCUAGUUACAAUAGGAAAUGGCUUACUGUAGAUGAAGCAUCUGAACACUGCCGGUAUGAUUGGAUGAGGGAUGCUCUGAAACUCUUUCUGGCGUCUCUUUUGAGAAACAAGGACCUUGGUAGAAGGGCAGAUUUGGGAAAGAUUCACAUGAUCCCAGUUUCUGACAAUGGAGUGGAGAGUGCAAUGUUGUCACCAAACUACUUUGUGAAGCCUUCUAGUGUUCAGCAACUUGAGGACUCCUCGAGUAAAUGUUCUGUACAGGUUUAA